AUGCUAUUGAAAGCGCCAAGACAAAGGAGCGGCUUCAACGAUUGGCUUACUUCCUCUUCACGUCGAUAUCGACUUGAUGCCGGCGGCCUCGUCGGGAGGAUAGUUGGGGAGGGGGGCAUUCCGGAGGCCAGCGGAAAGUCCUGUUCUCUCGUGGCGAAGGAGACGGGCGUCGUCGUCAACGGUCUCAGUUGCCGCUUCGCGUCGGCCCUUCGGCCUACCCGCUCAUUUCUGGCGGUAGUUGAUAAUGCCGACGAGCGGGGCGGGGACCCGAGACUGUUGACAGUCUCGGAGCGUCGGUGGGAUGAGGAAGUGCCCGUUCUAGGUCGUGCCAGCGAAUACCACUGUCCGUGA